UAAAUUUGACUCCCUCCCACCCCUCACUCUCACCAACACACACAAAGAAAAAAUGGUGAGAAUAAUGAAAUUCUUCUACUCCCUCUCACUUGUUCUGAUCUUGUUGUUCUCUUCCACCACCACCAUUUCGGCAGCAACAGCACCAGCACCGGCACCGUCGUCGGCGCCCACAGAUAUCAUAAGAAUCCUGAAGAAAGCCGGAGGAUUCACAACCCUAAUCCGUCUUCUGACAACCACACAAGUUUCGACGCAGAUGAACGCUCAGCUCUUAAACUCAAACAACGGCAUGACACUCUUUGCACCAAACGAUAACGCGUUUCAGAGCCUCAAACCAGGGUUCCUCAACUCUCUCAACGAUCAACAGAAGAACGAGCUCAUCCAGUUCCAUCUUCUGCCAUCUUUCGUUGCGAUCACCAACUUCGACACUCUCAGCAACCCUGUGAGGACGCAAGCCGGUGACGAUCCUGAGAGGCUGGGACUCAACAUAACAAGUUCCGGGAACCAAGUGAACUUGACAACCGGCAUUGUUAACGCCACGCUUGGUGGUAGUGUUUAUUCUGAUCACCAGCUUGCGGUUUAUCAGGUUGAUAAGGUGCUUCUCCCUAAGGAUUUCUUUCUUCCUAAGAGGCCACCGCCGCCGGCACCCUCUCCGGAAGAGAAGCCUAAGGAUUCUAAGAAGAAGUCUGAUGCUGACGGUCCUGCUUCUUCUGCCGAUGCUUCUUCUGCGAACAAACGUGGAGUCAUGUUGUUGCUGCUAACAUUUUUUCUUGUUGCAGUUUCAUCAUUGUGACAAUCAUGAUGGGACUUUGCUCCAAUGUUGUGCUUCAUUGUUUCUUUUUUCUUUUUUCUGUCUUCUUUCACGAAUUCGAUCGGUUUGUGGUGAAGAAAUUGUAAUUCGAUUUUUGAAGGGUUUUGUUUUAUUUUUUCAAGUUUUUGAGGUCCUCGUUUUGUUUGUGCACUCUUGCAAACUGUAAUCAAAGAAUUUUCAAUAUAGAUAUCAAGAGACAGAAUGCUUCUUUAUUA